AUACAAAUAGAGAGAGAGAGACUUCAGUUACGGAUGCAAAGGUGAAGUGUGAAUUGUGAAGGGCAAAGACGUUUAAAAUUCAAGAGAGAGAGAGAGUCGAACAACAAACAACGCCAACAUCACAUGGAAGAAGAGCGAUCUCCACCACCUCUCCCGUUUAUUCUCUUCACCUGUUAGGUUUCUUCUCUCUCCAAUUCCUCGUUUUUAUUUCUCUCUCUAGACGCCCGCAGCUGCUGCUGCUGCAAUUCUCGUCUCUCUCUAGAAGUGAAGUGGGUUUUGUGGAUCUUGUGGUUGGUUUUCAUUGAUCUGGGUGUGAUUUAGAAUUGGGGUGAUCUGUGGCGGCGAGAGAUGGAGGAGAGUCGGUUGCUCCAGUGGAGCGUGGUCCGAUCGAUUCUCGCUAUCCUUCAAUGGUGGGGUUUCAAUGUCACCGUUAUCAUCAUGAACAAAUGGAUCUUUCAGAAACUGGACUUCAAGUUUCCUUUGACAGUAUCAAGCAUACACUUCAUAUGCUCAUCUAUUGGCGCAUACAUUGUAAUAAAGGUGCUCAAACUUAAGCCACUUAUUGUGGUUGACCCUGAAGAUCGUUGGAGAAGGAUUUUCCCCAUGUCAUUUGUGUUCUGUGUCAACAUAGUGUUGGGGAACGUGAGCUUGCGUUACAUUCCUGUUUCUUUUAUGCAAACCAUAAAAUCAUUUACACCUGCAACAACAGUUUUUUUGCAGUGGCUAGUUUGGAGAAAAUAUUUUGACUGGCGAAUUUGGGCAUCACUGGUGCCCAUUGUUGGAGGAAUUCUUCUUACCUCCAUUACAGAGCUCAGUUUUAAUAUGUUUGGAUUUUGUGCUGCCUUAUUUGGCUGUCUUGCGACUUCUACAAAGACUAUACUCGCAGAGUCUCUGCUGCAUGGCUAUAAGUUUGACAGCAUAAACACAGUGUACUACAUGGCACCUUUUGCAACUAUGAUCUUGGCUGUCCCUGCGCUACUACUUGAAGGAUCUGGGGUUUUAGAAUGGUUUCAUUCACAACAAUCUCUUGCCUCACCCCUCAUCAUUAUUUUUGGCUCCGGUGUACUGGCUUUCUGCCUUAACUUUUCUAUCUUCUAUGUGAUUCACUCCACAACUGCAGUCACGUUUAAUGUCGCUGGUAAUCUUAAGGUCGCAGUUGCUGUUACAUGUUCAUGGCUGAUAUUCAGAAAUCCAAUCUCAGCUUCAAAUGCAGUUGGCUGUACGGUGACACUAAUAGGAUGUACAUUCUAUGGGUACGUGAGGCACUUGCUCUCCCAACAGCCACCUGGAACUCCUCGUACACCCCGGACUCCCCGGAGCUUGAAGGAAUUGAUUCCCCUCGUUAGUGAAAAAUUGGAUGACAAGGUUUGAUCAGUCGCCCCAAGGAAAAAUAUAUAUAUGUGACAAGGUUUGAUCAAGUAGUGAUGCUAAAAGGUUCCUGGCUGUUUUGGAGAGUGAUAAUAGGACAGGCAAAGGAAAGAAGAAAAACGAAGUCCACUUCUUUGUUGGUGUAGACUUCCAUUAGAUUAAUUUAAAAUUUAAUUUAUGUUCAUUUCUUUUUCUAUAUGGCCUCAAAAAUUCUUCAUGUUCUUAUUAAUCUUUAUUCUGAGAAAGUUCUUAAUGGUAA